AUGCGCACACGCUCGCUCGCCCUCGUCGCUUCUCUCCCGCUCCUCAUCCCGGUCAGCACCGCCUCACCAUCACCCACCAACUCGCUCGACACACAAACAGCACCCACCGACCUCGCCAGCCUACCAGACAGCUCUCUACACAGCUUCUACUUCCCGCCAGCACCACCGAUCAAGCCCAGGUUCGCGAGAAGGAAGAGGCAGGCUGUUUCGGACGGCUUGAGCGCGAUAGGAGUAGGGGCAGCGGGCACCGAUGCUGGGACAGGAGCGGAAGCGACGGCAGUGUCAGGAGAGACGACUUCGGCGGCGGCAGCAGCUGGAACGACAAGUGCGGCGGGAGAAGGGGCCGUAACUACGACGACACAGGCGCAGGCGACGACGACUCAACAGCAGCAGACGACGCAGCCGGCUGAGACGACGCAGCAGCAGCAGACGCAGACAGAGCAGACGUCUCAGGCAGCCACUACGACGCCGGCAGCCUCGCCAACGACUUCUGCUGCGACGAGCGCGACUCAGGCGCCCGCAGCGUCUUCGCAGACCACUGCUCCUGCCGCCUCUCAGCCGUCGAGCGCUUCGGCUCCCACCAGCGCUCCGUCUGCGUCUUCCCAAAGUAGCGCCGCCGCGUCGUCUAGCCGCUUGACAUCCGUUCUCGUCACGUACACGUCGCUCUACACCAAGUCUGACGGCUCUGUCGGUACCUCAACCGGGACGGUCCUCACUCCCUCGUCCGUCCCGAUUAAGAACGACUCGUCCGGUUCGUCGAGCGGCAAGACCUGGGGCAUCGUCGGCGGCGUCGUAGGAGGCGUCGUGGUCGUCGCCGCACUCGUCUUCAUCGUCUACCGCAUGACUCAGCGCCGCUUCUCGAGUCUCGACAACGACGACCUCGAGGAAAUCAAGUGGCCCGAGUUGCAAGGCGACAACGCGACUUCGACACUUAAGCCGCUUGACACGCAUCGUACGAACGGUGCGCACGGUGUGGGAGACGACGGCGAGACCGUGUAUGACGGAGGCGCAGCGGGAAUGAGUUAUAUGGCCGUCGGCGGUAACGACCCUCGUCGCGCUUCGAACGCCACGCUCCUCUCGACUUCUCACCACGGCCAUGCACCCUAUCCCUCCCUCUCGGACCCGUACGCCCUCCCGACCACCCACUCCCGCCAAGCAUCCUACGAACAACUCGCCCUGGUCGAUGGAGGCGCAGCCGCCUUCGCGCGCUCGUACGACCCGUUCGUCAAUGCUGGCGCGAUGCAGUACCCUCCCAGUCCACCGCAGUACCAGUCUCAAUGGUCCGCCCAAUCUCGCGCCGUCCCUCCCGCCGAAGCGGAAGAACACCUCGUCUCGACCGCUCCGCGCGGCGCGCCAGGCGCGGGAGGUGCGAUGCGUGUCGCUUCGCCUGCGCCGUCGAUGGGGAGGUCGAGGACUCCAACGGCGUUCGAGGGGUUGCCGCAGCUUGGACGGAGCGAGAGUCCGUUCCAGGUGCCGGGGUUGUCGUCGGCGGUGGAUGAGGAGAAGAAGGGCCCGCUCUAG